CAGUCUUGGCAAUAGUUCAGUGAUGGUUACAUCAUCCCUGUAGAUGUAACCAAAUCAACCAGAUAUAAAAAUCCUUGUAUAAUGGCUCUAAUGGUUUUCAGAUCAGCUGAUCCACAAGUAAAAGCUGCAUAUUUUCUGUCUCAAAGGAUCCCGAAGAUCUUUAGUAUUGAGGAGCACUUCAGUUUUCCAGCUGUUUGGGGGGGCUCCACAUUUUGCUUCUGCAUCACAAAAUGCCGUUGAUCCAAUACCAUCCAUUUAUUAACAGUUUUGCGUCACUAUGUUUCAAGCGAUUGGCAGCUGAUGAGGUAGACACCGAACAGGUCACAGAACUGACUUGCACUGUUGUCACUGGGUUGGGGUUAUCGCUAUAAUAAUCUUCAUUGUCCUGUGUUUGUUAAAAUGUUUACAAAUUCUGCACGCUUCUUAAAGGGCCUUUGUGUGGUCGAUUGAACUCGGAACGUCGUAAUGGGACGAGCAGAGCUGAACUCCGUAUAAUGAGAAGAGCAGACAGGGCUUACAUUGACACGUACAGAGAAGCUUUUGUGGUGGGACAAGAGUGGGAUAGUGAUGAAGGGAAAACAUGGAUGUGAGAGGCAGGAAAGGCCAAAGGUGCCGAAUUAAAGAGGCAGACGAAGAGGGAAGGAAUAAAUAUAGCUCAGUUCAGGAGAUUGGAGAGGAGGUGGAGGAGGGAGCCAUCUACACCAUCACGCUGCGGAAAGUGCAGCUCCAUCAGACAGCCAGUAAAGGGCAGCGAUGGCUGGGUGUGGAGACAGAUUCUGCCCUCAGUCUCUAUGAGACGUGCAAGGGUCGGACCAUUAAAGCCGGCACGCUGGAGAAACUGGUGGAGUACAUGGUAUCCGCGUACAAAGAGAAGGACUAUACAUACGGGACUAUAUUCCUUUGCACCUACCGGACUUUUACCACAACCAAACAAGUUCUGGACCUGCUGCUCAACAGGUAUGCCCAAUUGCACAAUCAACCAGUCUCAAAGGGAUCAAAGCUCUCCUCAGAAGACUACACGGAGCUUAAAAACACUGUCUCAUCUAUCCUGGGUGCUUGGUUGGAUCAGUACUCUGAAGAUUUCUGGAGCCCGCCGGAUCACGGAUGCCUGCAAAGCCUCAUAUCCUACUUGAAGCUCAACUUCUCCGGAUCUGAUUUGGAGAGACGAGCUUGUAACUUACUCGAGCAUUUCCAGCACAGGCAACAUUCUGAGGUUGAACUUGAAGGUGAUCUGUGCCCCUUUGCCACACCUGAGGAGAGCAGCUUGGAGGAUGAACUGUUUUUUAACUUUACAUCCUUCAGUCCUGCUCUGGUUGCUGAGCAGUUAACAGUCGUGGAUGCGGAGCUGUUUAAGAGGGUUGUUCCAUAUCAUUGUUUGGGUGGCAUAUGGUCCCAGCGGGAUAAGAAGGGGAAGGAGCACCUGGCACCCACCAUCCGGGCCACCGUUGCGCAGUUCAACAAUGUGACCAACUGUGUGAUUGCCACCUGCUUGGACAACAGGUCCCUCAGACCCUUUCAAAGAGCAAAACGCAUCGAACACUGGAUAGAAGUGGCCAGGAAAUGUCGCAUCUUGAAGAGCUUCUCCUCUCUGAAAGCCAUCCUGUCGGCCUUGCAGUGUAACGCCAUCCAUAGACUGAGGAGGACCUGGGAUGAGGUGUCCAGAGAAAGCUGUCGGACUUUCCAGGAGCUGUCUGAAAUCUUCUCAGAUGAUAAUAAUUAUUCCCUCAGCAGAGAGCUUCUCAUUAAGGAGGGCACCUCUAAAUCUGCUAUCGUUGAGAUUAACCACAAAGGAGGCCAGAGGAGACACCAUCAGCACAGAGACAUGGGUGUCGUGCAAGGAACUAUUCCGUACCUUGGAACGUUUCUGACUGAUCUAGUCAUGUUGGAUACUGCUAUGAAAGAUCAUCUUGAGGGUGGGCUGAUCAACUUUGAGAAGAGAAGGAAGGAGUUUGAAGUGAUCGCUCAGAUCAAGUUACUCCAACUGACCUGCAAUUACUACAACUUUACCAGAAACCAGCGCUUUACCGAUUGGUUCAAGAGAGUGGAGAAACUUACAGAAGCUGAGAGCUACUCUAUGUCCUGUGAGAUAGAACCACCAUCUGAGCCCGUAUGCAAAACUAAGGGAGGCAUCAUGAAGCGCAUGAGCGAGGAGUCGGGCUACAGCAGCGCGGGCACCUCACGCUCCAAGUCCUUUGAGCAGCCGCGUUUGAGCCGGUUCAAAGACGGCAUCAAAGACACGGCCGAUUCCAUCAGUCUGACAUCAGCCGGAUCCAGCGCUUCAGAUGCAGAAGAGACCAUUCUCAGUCUGCUGAACUCCCCAGAUUCAGCCAAUCAGAGAACAUCUACACCAACUUUGAAGCACUCAAAUGUAACCUCAGAUACAGGGGAGCUUACAUCUGAUUCCUCUUCCAAGCUCUGGGAAUCACCCACCACUUCAUCUUUGGAGGCGUCAGGAACGUGUUUGGGACUAGAGUUUGGUUCCACCAGCUCCGCCUCCUCUUCUUCAUCCUGUGUCUCCACCUCCACUGGGCAGCCGUUCCACUUUCACAAACGCUCCGUCUCUGGUGUUUCUGACUACUCGUCUCUCUCGCUACCGCUGUACAACCAGCAGACGAACGACUGCUGCAUCAUCAGAGUUAGUCUUGACGAGGACAACGGAAACAUGUACAAAAGCAUCCUGGUGACAAGCCAAGAUAAAACACCAGGUGUCAUUAGGAAAGCCAUGGCCAAGCACAACCUGGACAAUGAGAAAUCGGAAGACUAUGAACUACUACAAAGAGUCUCAAAGCUGAAAGAACUCAAAAUCCCUGAUAACGGAAACGUUUUCUACGCGAUGAACUCAACUGCCAACUAUGACUUUGUGCUGAGGAAACGCGGCGUUCCCAAAACCUGCCGAUCAAAGAGCUCUGCUAGCCUAACUCUGCCACGCAUGAAGCAAAAAGGGUUUAAAAUACCCAAGGGCUUUUUCUGAAAGCACGUUCAUCUAACUGAGCACCGUUUGGACUUUGGAGAUGAGCAAGAGUCACUUUAUUAACCCCUCCCACAGUAUUAUCUGGAUCUUGUAUCCAGUGGCUUCUGGAUUAAUGCAUUACUGAGCUUGUUUCUUGAAGGAAGCUAUCCCUGUGUUUUAUGUCUUUACAGACUAUGUGACAGACAUAGGGCUCCUGUGGAUCAUGAAAAGUUUGCCUUAAGACACUGUGCGAGAAACAAUUUCUAAACCAAAUGCGGUUGUUCAUGCAUGAGCAGACUACAUUUGAAAAAAGCAAACACACGUCGGAAGCACUUUAGAACAAACAGUCCUUUACUUAGAGAUUUGUGGAAAUCUCAUGUGAUCCUUUUCAUUUCAAAUGUGGAUUUUACAUUCGAUUCAUCUUUGAGCUCAAUAGCAAAAAUGCUAUCACAGUCUGUGGGAUCUUAUGAUCGCUGUUGGUAUAGCUACAGUAUUACAUGUACAGUACAAAAUGUGUAAAGUGUACAGUAUUUUGUUUGGUUAUUCAUCCUCUGUUUGUCUGUUUGACUUUUCAUCCUAGCUGCUGCUAAUUUAGCUUGAGUAUGCUUUGUUUUCUUGUAGACGGCACUGAAAUGAACCGGUUUCACAGUGAUAAGCAACGACAACUUUCCACCAGUGGUGUGUUGAGAAGGCUGACUAUGAUUAUGAGUCCGAAAACAGACACACUGGAAAUUAAAUUAUGUUAAAACCGUGACAUUCAUCACUAUUAUUUACUGAAACACUUACAGGUAGACCUAUAACUAUUUUAUCAGGGUCCUAAGAGAGAGGAAGUGCUCAUUUGAGCAAGAGAAGCGACUACACUCAGUAUCACUGCAUUGGAUUUGUGCUUGUCAGUGCCCUCUGGUGGUCAGUUCUUUCUGUUACACCUGUCAGGUUACAACAAGAUGACAGACUGAAGGAUUCUCUAUUGACUGCUACUUGACUGCUGGUUGCCUUUAUGGCAGUGGUUCUCAAACUAGGGGCCGUGGCCCCCUGGGGGACCCCAAGAUGGAUCUAGGGGAGGCCACAGAUUUUGUGGCAUUUUAUGAAAUAUAGAAAUUUAUCAUAGAUUUUAUGCAAUCAAACAUCAGAAAAAUGACACCACCAACCAAAAGAAUUGAGGUUUCAGCAUUGUAUAACUGAAUGUUUUUGGUUUAAUUAAAAUUCUAAGUUUAAGAUUAUACGUCUUUAUAUGGGGGGCCGCAAAGCGAUGCACUUAACACAAAGGGGGCCUUACAACGAAAAAGUUUGAGAACCACUGCUUUACGUGUUACAAAGUCACAAUUGAGCAUGAGGAGAUGACAUGUCUGAGGUGCAGGGUUUACACUGUUAUUUUGGGUUAUUAAAUAGCUCCAAAUAAUAUUAUUAAUGUGUAUUAAUGGAUAUAAAAGGGAAAUAUUAUGUGACGGGUCUUGUCAUCCAAAUCAGUUGAUUUAGAAAGAUGUCGAUGCCAAAGCUUUUCCUACAUCGUUUUUUUUUUGCUGUUGAUUUCGACAUGUAUUUGCCAUACAUUACAGAAUUCUAAAACUCUACGGGUGGUAUUUGCAGUUUGUACCAAACACUGUGAGUGUGGCUUCACCCUACUAAGCCUUUUUUGCAUUGUGAACUAAAUCCACGAGUGCUUUCUGACCAAUUAAUUAAUUAAUUACAUUAAGUGGUCUUUAUGAAAACAGUAGAUUUUCAGAACUGUUUACUCAGUUAUAUGUGUAUGUUUGUUUAUAUGUGUGUGUACAGGUUUCUAUACAUUGUGGGUACAAAAUGUAUAGAUAAGUCUUAACCACCUUGUGCCCUCACGAUGUAAACUGUUUUUAAACAAACUGAAUGAUAGUUAUUUGAGAAUGUAAAAAUUAAGGGUUAGUAUGUACUAACUAUUAGUGUGUGUACUUGUGUGCAUGUGACAAGAAAUGAAAGAGGAGGUUGGUUAUGCGUUCCUGAUAUUAUGCCAGCUAUAUAACUCAACUGGAACAAAAUAGCAAUUGUGCUUAAUGUAUGAAAUGGUGCAUGGUGAAAUUUUAUGCCAACAGUGAAUCCACUCAUAUACUUCUAAUGCAUUUCUCCUUGACCUGCUGUCAGAAAAUGACAAAAUUAAAAUCAAAUCUUUCUGCCUGCGGCUUGUUGUGCCA